CUGCAGCUUUGCUGCCUGCAUGGAAAUUAAGUACGAAGAAGAAACCACGGAAGCACAUGGUGUAAAAACUAGUGGAGGAAACUGCGAUUCUCAAAACAGACACUCUUUUCUUCUUAUUUAAUUUGAAAGCAUAUUUCUUUUUACCAUGGUUCGCAUAAGAAGAGCUAAACGGGUGAAGAGGACACAAACUCAAGAACAACAUGAUGAAGAUGAUUCUCGAGCCUACAAAAACAUGCCCGUCCCUGAUAAGAAAUCAUCACAGUACACGAAGGACCAAAUCGACAUGUUUCACGACGAGAAGAUUGCUAAACUUCUCGCUCAUGGCGUUCACGAGGAGAGUGAUUUGGAGGAAAUAGAUGAUGAGGAGGAGGUGAUGGCCCUGGAUGAGUCUGAGUCAGAGGAUGAGGAAGACGUGGAAGAGGACGAUGAAGAGAAUGAGGAAGAAGGGACAGACAUGGAGAGUGAUUUAGAUGGGAAAGAAGAAGAAGAGCUUCCUAAUGAAAUGGCAUGGGGCACCAAGAAGAAGUUGUACUAUAACUCAGAUUAUGUGACCACCAAAGGGAAAUCACAAGAAGAGUUGAUGGCAGAGGAACAAGAGGAAGAAGAAGAAGCUAUAAAUAUCCAAAAGCGCUUAGCUGCAAAUCUGAGCGAGGAGGAUUAUGAUCUAAACUUCUUACAGGACUUGGGUGUGGAGGAGAAGAAGACUGAUGAAAAAGAGGCAAAGAUUGUGAAAGACCUCAAGCAAAUGUCACAGAAGGAAAAAAUGAAACUCUUGAAGAAAGAAUCACCAGAAUUACUCGAACUGAUUCAGGACUUCAAGACAAAGCUUACUGAGCUAAAGGAUGAGCUGCAUCCUCUCGUACAAAUGGUCAAUGAUGGGAGGAUCCCACCAGGAAAAGGUGCUGACUACCUCAAGACAAAGCAGCAACUAUAUCUCAAUUACUGCACAAACAUCAGUUUCUACAUGGCGCUGAAGGCAAAACGAAUUCCGGCCCAUAACCAUCCAGUGAUUGAAAGACUGCUUACCUACAGAAAUCUUAUUAAUGAACUGGGAGAGGUAGAUGCACGUCUGGCACCAGAGCUUCGCAGCCUGCUUGCUGAUUCUGAGAAGGGUAAGGCCACCAGCAAGACAGCAGCAGCAAAGAAGACCAGAGUCUCUACCAAGAAGCCAAAGGAUUCUGGAACAACUAUGCUUGGGACUGAGGAAGACUCGGACUCUGAGGGUGAGGAUUUGCGUUACUACAGAGCCAUGGAGGAGCAGUUAAAGUUGAAGAGGAAGGGAAAUAACCCAGAAGCUGAACGGUUGACAAAAAGUGAGGAACAGGAUCCAGAUGCUAAGAGAGGAAUCACGUAUCAGAUGGCCAAGAACAAGGGGCUGACACCAAAGAGGAAGAAAAUUGACCGUAAUCCUAGAGUCAAAAACAAAGAGAAAUAUAGACGAGCUCAAAUCCGCAGGAAGGGACAGGUUCGUGAGGUUCGCCGGGAGGAGAGCAAAUACAGCGGGGAGCUGUCUGGUAUUCGCGCUGGUGUCAAGAAGAGUAUCAAACUCAAGUAACAGAGAGAGAAUCCAACUCUACUGUUCUUGCAAAUGUUUAUUAUUGAAGACUUUUGUGUUGAAGAAUGAAUUAUUAAGCUGUAAAUCAGUUACAGACAUCAACAUUGAGUUGAGUUUUACUGUACAAUGGGAAUAAACACACAUAUUUAAAGAUA